AUGGAAAAUGUUGCUCGUAGAUACAGUGAUGAAGAGUUCUGGCAUUUGGUAGAUCAACAGCUGGGUGAACCAUCGAAACGCGCAACGCGGCAGCUUGAGUGCGAGGGAGGUCCAUCAGCCCAUGAGCAGGACGAUAAUGUUGAUGAGGAAUUCUGUGACCAAGUUCGUUCGUUCGAAGAAUACCCGGUUGAUUCAUCUUCCGACGAAGAAAGUGUUGACGGAGACAGCAGUAGUAUAUCGUCGUCGGGUAAUGAUUUCGUAUCUUUUUUAAAGAUAUGGAGUGUGAGAGAAAACGUACCGAACGCAACGUUGUCUCGAUUGCUUCGGGGGCUGGCUCGAUUUUUGCCCGAAAACCAGCUCCUAGGUGCUCAGACUCUGUUACGAACACCACGGAUCCCGAUUAUUAUUAACCAAAUUGAAGGUGGAGAAUAUUGGCACAGAGGUCUAGAAAAAAGUUUGCGUCACUUAUUUUCUGAUCUGUCGGAAGACAGGACAGUGUCGCUGGACUUCAAUGUGGAUGGGGUUUCGCUGUUUCCCAGAACCAACAAACACACGUGGACGAUACUUGGCAAGGUGUUUGAAGAGCCACGAUCGGAUGUGUUCGUCAUCGGUUUGUUUUACGGUGAUUCGAAACCCAAGCGAAUCGAAGAGUUCCUGGAACCGUUCGUGGAAGAAACGAACCGUCUUAUACACGAUCCCAUCAAGAUGAAGGAUAAAACUUUGAAUGUAACUAUCAGGUGCUUCAUCUGCGAUGCACCUGCGAGAGCGUUCAUACGUGCUAACAUCGGAGCCACAUCGUACCAAGAAUGUUUGAAAUGUAAAGCAAAGGGCAUAAGAGUAAAUGUAGCUGGAUCUCGACAGAUAUCCUAUCCCUUAGCCAAAGCUGAUGCACGCACUGAUGAAGAGUAUCGUUCAUCCAGCCAUAGCAAGGGCCACAUGGAAUGCUCAGUGGAUGAGAAAAAGGACGAAGCGAAAACUCCGUUGAGCAAAUUAGAUAUAGAUAUGGUUGAACAUUUUAUCGUUGGUGAUUCCUUGGACGUACUUCAUCUGGGGAUGAUGAAAACAUAUUUAACAGACAAAACAAAAGGCGAACAUAACAUAACAAAGUGGGAUACAAAAGAUGUGGAGGCAAUGGACAGUAUCAUUCAGAGUAUCAAACUACCGUGUGAGUUCGACCGCCGGUACCCGACCCCAAUCAGUAUGCUUUCGGACUGGAAUGGAAGAGAGUUUGCCACGUUCCUGAAUUACGUGGGGGUGGCUGUAUUGAAAGAGUUUCUGAAGGACGAUGAAUACACGCAUUUCCUCAAUCUCUUUAUUGCUGUCACUAUCUGCAGCAACAAUAUCUAUCAAGAUCAUCUUGAUGAUGCGCAACGAUUGAUAGAUUCAUUUGUCGAAGAGCAGUAUAAAAGAACUGGGCAAAUUUCCAGCAACUUACAUACCACAAUCCACAUUACUAACGAAUGCACCCGAUUUGGCCCAUUGCCGCAAAAUUCCACUUAUCCGUUUAAAAAUUUCCUUCACAAAAUAAGAGAAGCUGUGUCCCAUGGCAAAAACUCUCUCCAAAAAUUAGCCAAUCGUAUCGAGGAAUACAGUAACCUGCCCACCGCACCGACGCCACAACCGACCUACCCAGUACUGCGGCAAAAGGACAUCAUUGCUGGUACGGAAACACGCUACAGCAGCAUUGUGUUGCGAAAGGGGUUCACUCUUAAGUCGCAGCAUUUUGCAGAUUGCUGGUUGCUGACCACAUCCAACAAAAUCGUACGGAUGGUCGCAGCUACCGACGAAUUUAUUUGUGGUGUUGAAAUUGUCGAACAACAUUCGCAAUUCGACCACACUCUUUUUGAUCUGGUGCGUGUAUAUUAUACAGAUAAUUGUGAAAAUGUCAGCGAAGAGAAGAGCUAUCGACUUGAUGAAGUAUGUUGUAAGCUAGUGGCGGUUAGAGUUAAUGCGAAAGUAGUUUAUAUUCCCCUACAUCAUACAUUGCCCGAUAGUUUGGACUCAUGUAGCGCUAUACCCAUUUAAGUACAGAAAUUAAAAAAAAACACGUACAACAUGUAGUCGGUGUAAACAACUUCUAGUCGUGUCAUAUUUUAUCGUAAUAAAUCAUUCAAAAUUUUCGUAGUAA